GAGCGGCCGGCGGGAGGAGGCCGAUAAAAAGAAUCAAAUACAAAUACGCCCAUUAUAUGCAGAGAUAGCGUAGGCACCAGGCGCAUAGUUGUUGUCCCGUAUCCAGCGCGCGCGCGCGCACAAAUUCCGGUUGCUACCAUCUCCGAUAAAUUAUUCCGCCGUCUCCGAGAGCGAGGAGAGGGGCUCGCAAAAGGUGCGCCUCCCUGGCGGCCUCCCCACGAGCCGUCUCUCCCAUAAUUGUUUGAUUUCCCUUCAGGAUACGGCCUCCAGCCCCGCCGUUCCCCCGCGCCGCGCCGCCAGAUCCCCCCCGCCCCGCGAAACCGUCGUCCGGGAAAGGUGGUGAUCUUGGCAAGAUCGGCCGAUGCAGCCCGCCAAAUGGAAGGCCGUGGAGGGCGGCGGGAUCGGCGCCGACCAGCGCCGCCGGUGCGUGGCGGCGUCGCUGUCCAUGCUGAUCGCCGCCACGCUCGCCUUCCUCGCCUACGUCGCCUUCUUCCCGGACGACGGCGCCGGCGGGGUCUACCGCUGGUGGAGCUGCCAGGAUUGCUCCGGCGCCCUGGGCGACUUCCCGGGCGAUGACGCCGCGGCGGCCGACGGGCCCGCCGCCGCCGCCGCCGGCGGCGGUCGCGCGCCCACCACGCUGUCGCACAUCGUGUUCGGCAUCGGCGCCUCGGCGCGCACGUGGGACCAGCGCCGCGGCUACGCGGAGCUCUGGUGGCGGCCCGAGGCGAUGCGCGGCCACGUCUGGCUGGACGAGCAGCCCGCGGGCGCGUGGCCGGCGGCGACGUGCCCGCCGUACCGCGUCUCGGCGGACGCGUCCCGGUUCGGGAACCGGGCGUCGGCGUCGCGGAUGGCGAGGAUCGUGGCGGACUCGUUCCUGGCCGUCUCCGCGGAGCUGGCGAACGGCACCGGCGCGGACGAGGCGCCGCGGUGGUUCGUGAUGGGCGACGACGACACGGUGUUCUUCCCGGACAACCUGGUGGCCGUGCUGCGCAAGUACGACCACGAGGAGAUGUACUACGUGGGGGCGCCGUCGGAGAGCGUGGAGCAGAACGUGAUGCACUCGUACGGCAUGGCGUUCGGCGGGGGCGGGUUCGCGGUGAGCUACCCGGCCGCCGCGGAGCUCGCCAAGGCCAUCGACGGCUGCCUGGACCGCUACUCGCAGUUCUACGGCAGCGAUCAGCGCGUGCAGGCGUGCCUCAGCGAGCUCGGCGUCCCGCUCACCCGCGAGCCCGGGUUUCACCAGGUGGACAUCCGGGGCGACGCGUACGGGAUGCUGGCGGCCCACCCGGUGGCGCCGCUGGUGUCGCUCCACCACCUGGACCACAUCGAGCCCAUCAGCCCCGCCGGGCACACCCCGCUGGCCGCGGUCCGGCCGCUGGUGAGGGCGGCCCGGUUCGACUCGGCCCGGCUGCUGCAGCAGGCCUUCGGCUACCAGCACGGCCCGGGCUACACCUGGUCCGUCUCCGUCGCGUGGGGCUACACGGUGCAGCUCUACCCGUGGGCCGUGGCGCCGCACGAGCUGGAGGUGCCGCUCCAGACGUUCAAGACCUGGCGGAGCUGGGCCAACGGGCCCUUCGUGUUCAACACCCGGCCGUUGGUGAGCACCGACACCCCGUGCUACCGGCCGGCCAUGUUCUUCCUCAGCCGCGUCCGGAACGAGACCAGCCGGGGCACCGUGAGCGAGUACUCGAGGCACGCCGCCAAGUCGGAGAAGGAGUGCGACCAGGCCAGCUUCCGCGCCGCGUCCACGGUUCACACCGUCAAGGUGUUCGCUCCCAAGAUGAACCUCAGCGAGUGGAAACGGGCGCCACGGCGGCAUUGCUGCAAAACAACGAGGACGAGGUGGGGCACGGUGCUGGAGGUGCGGAUACGGUAUUGCAGCCGAGGAGAGCUCACCACGCCCUAGCUCUAUGUAUUCUUCUCGCCACUACAUCACCACGGCCUACAGGGCGGAGAGUAGGAUGUUGAUAUUGGUAGCGAAGAGAUAAUAAGGGGAUGGCAAAGGUGAAUAAUCCCCUCCAUGCUCGGAGGGACACGGAAACUUUUUGUUCCCAAACCAGCAGUACUUGUUAACACGUAGACUAUACUUCCCUGCUGGUGCUGGGCAAUAUCGUCCUCAGUGUGUCCAGAUGGCUAUAUGAGUUAUGCGACAGACAGACAGACACACGGACACGUAUACAUACAAGGAGUGCAGGCGGUAGCAAUGUAUAGGAUCUGGCUACUUCCCACGUGCUGUGUUGCCUCUUUCUUGGUUCUCUGGUACCGAUGUGAUUCUACCGUGGGAAAAUGGCUGUUUCGGAAACGAAAUGGAAUAUAGGUUGAAAGAAAGCAGAA